AUGGUUUUUGAUGAAAAUCCAAAACGUAAUAUUGAUCAUACAGAAGAAUUAGAAACAUUAAAAACAACAAUUAAUGAAAAUGAUGAAAUUAUUCAUCAACUUGAAUUACAAUUACAAAAAUUAGAAGAUAGUAUUAAAAAAUAUGAACGAUUUUCAGAUGAAACAAAAACAGAAAUUGAAAAUUUAAAUAAAGAUAUGACCAAUACAAUCGAUAAAAUAAAAAAUAAAUUAAUAACAGUUGAAAAUCAAUGGUCUGAUGUUCGACAUUUAUUAUUAAAUGAUUUAAAAGAUAAAGAUGAAUCAUUAAUAUGUUUACAAAAUGAUUAUGAAAAACAUAAAUCAACAAUAUCAAAAAAUGAUCAUUCAAGAACAUUUUUUACUAAACAAAUACCUGAAAUUGUUAAAAAUACAAAUAAACAAAAAGAAGAAUUAAAUAAAAUAAUUAUUGAAACACAUGUUUUACAAAAAGAUUUAAAUCGACUUACGGAAAAACUUGAUCGAACAUUUCAUGUUACUGAUAGUCAAUUAUUUAAAGUAAAAUAUAUUUUAUCAUAA